CGGCGAAACCCGACCCGAAAAAUUCAUUACCCGUAUAAAUGCCGAUGCGCUGCACUUCUUGUCAAUGUUUUCAUCUCCAAAUCCCCCCAAAGAACAUAUACCCUAACGAGCGAAUUUUGCAUUCGAUUUACAAAGUUAUCGAUCUAUAAGGUGAUUUGCCAAACCUAAAAUUUCGCAGUGUGUGAUCGAGGAACGUGAUUUUGCAGGGGUUUAGGAGAGUUAUGUCGUUUGAUUUGAUGCUAAAGCCGUCGUGCGAUGGCUGUAGAUCGACGGUCGAGUUGUACGGUAGCAACUGCAAGCACAUGACGCUGUGUGUGACUUGUGGCAAAACCAUGGCUGAGAGGAAGGACAAGUGCCGUGACUGUGGCACCACCAUUACUCGUCUAAUUCGGGAAUACAAUGUCCGGGCGAGCUCAGCCAGUGAAAAGAAUUACUUCAUAGGAAGAUUUGUGACUGGUUUACCGAGUUUCUCUAAAAAGAAAAAUGACAACAAGUGGUCUCUUCAGAAAGAAGGAUUACAAGGACGCCAAAUCACAGACACCCUAUGGGAGAAAUUUAAAAAUAAACCUUGGCUUUUGGAGGAUGAAACUGGACAAUUUCAUUAUCAGGGAGUUCUUGAGGGUGCACAAACAGCAACAUACUACCUUCUAAUGUUACAGGGGAAAGAGUUUGUUGCAAUCCCUGCUGGAUCAUGGUACAACUUCAACAAAGUUGCACAAUACAAGCAACUUACACUUGAGGAAGCAGAAGAAAAGAUAAAAAACAGAAGGAAAACUGCAGAUGGGUAUGAAAGAUGGAUGAUGAAAGCUGCAAACAACGGGGCGGCUGCUUUUGGUGAAGUUGAAAGGCCUGAUGACAAGGAAGGUGGUGGUGGUGGAGGUGGUGGCAGAGGGCGUAAAAAGAAUAAUGCAGAUGAUGAUGAAGGGAAUGUGUCAGAUAGAGGAGAAGAAGAUGAGGAUGAAGAGUUUGCAAGGAAAAAUAGACUUGGACUUAAUAAAAGAGGAGGUGAUGAUGAUGAGGAAGGCCCUAGAGGUGGUGAUCUUGAUUUUGAUGAUGAUGAUAUUGAGAAAGGUGAUGACUGGGAGCAUGAGGAGAUUUUCACAGAUGAUGAUGAAGCAGUUGGUAAUGAUCCUGAAGAGCGUGAAGACUUAUUAGCCCCUGAAAUCCCUGCUCCUCCUGAAAUCAAACAGGAUGAAGACGAUGAGGAAGAGAAUGAAGAACAGGAAGGAGGACUGAGCCAAUCUGGGAAGGAGUUAAAGAAGCUGCUUGGGAAAAACAAUGGUGUCAAUGAUUCAGAACCAGAACAAGAUGAUGAUGAUGACGAUGAUGAUGAUAUUGAAGAUGAAAGUUCCCCUGUUCUUGCACCAAAGUCUAAUAACGCACCUUCAAAGCGUAUGAAUCUACCAAAAGAAGAACCCGUUGAUAACAGCCCUUCAAAGACGGUUUCCACAGGGUCCGCUCGUGGGACCCCCAAUUCAUCCAAGUCAUCAAAGGGAAAGAGGAAAAGCAAUGACGAGGCUAAGCCUGCAAAUGGUUCAAAGAAAGUAAAAACCGAAACUGAGGUGAAAGGUGUGAAGGAAGAGCCUGCAAAAAGCAGUGCUCCCACAAAAGGUGCAUCGGCUUCAAAAGCAUCAGCAGCGGGGGCCCCACAAACAGCAUCUACUAAUACUAAUACUGGGCCAGUGACAGAAGAUGAAAUUAGAGCAGUUUUAUUGCACAAGGCACCUGUUACUACACAGGAUCUUGUUGCUAAAUUUAAAUCCCGGCUACGCUCCAAAGAGGACAAGAGCGCGUUUGCUGAAAUCUUGAGGAGGAUUUCCAAGAUACAGAAGACAAAUGGUCCGAGCUAUGUGGUGUUGAGGGACAAAUGAAAAUAUGAAAUAUGAAUUCAACUUUCUCUUUAUGGAUGACUUUAGUUUUGUCUUUUGUGUGCUGACUACUGACAACUUUGGUUUUGUGUCUAUGUGUACAAUAAAUCUAUUGUAAAUUGUCAACGACUCUCUCUACUCUAGAGUCUAGGGGAAUACACAGACAUAUAACCUAUAAAGAGUUGUAGGCGUCUGAUUAUGCAUGCCAGCCAUUUCGUCUACUUUUAAAGGUUUUCCUUGUUUGGUUUCAAAA